AUGAGACCCUUCUUCGAUUCCGACAUUGUGGUCAACUUUACCCUUUCGGAAGAAGCAGUACAAAAUGAGAAGAGAAUUAUUGAAAGCAAUCGGCGUGUUCUGAGGGAGUGCCAGAAGGAGAAACUGAUAAGUGAGAGGAAAAAGAACUGGGAUAAGUUUUACCAUAAUUACAAAAGCAAUUUUUUUAAAGAUAGGAAGUGGAUAAGAAUCGAGUUCGACCACAUCUUCAGGGGCCAGACGUCCAUAAAUGAAGAGACUACUGGGGAUGCCAUACAAGACGGUGAGGAAGGCACAACAGAAGUGGGGAAUAGAAAGGAGAAGAAGCUCGUCCUGGAAAUCGGAUGCGGCGUCGGAAAUACGCUAAUACCACUACUAAUGGAGUACGAACAUUUAGACUGCGUCGGGAUAGACUUUUCAAAAAAUGCAAUAAAUCUCCUGAAUGAGAAGUGGAGCCGGGUGGUCAGUUUGAAUGAGAAGUUGAAGGGAGUGCCGGGCGAAGGGACAGAGGAAACGGAGAACGACCGGACCGAGGCCGCUGAAGUGACUCAGAACGAGGACAACUCCGAAGAAGAAGACGCCAGUUCCGACAUUUUCGAACUGAAGCGUUAUAAAAAAAUGGGAAAUUUAAUCAAAACGUGCGUAGUGGAUAUAACAGCCCCUGAGGAAGAUUCCACUCAGGUGUGCGACAUAGGGACGGUGGACAUCGUAUUGCUCAUUUACGUUUUGUCCUCAGUACAACCGGAGAAAAUGAAGAAUGUUAUUUACCAUUCGUACAGAUACUUAAAAAGAGGAGGCUACGUUCUACUACGCGAUUACGGACUGUACGAUUUGGCACAAGUGAGAUUUGCAAAUAAGAAGGGAAAAAAAAUCUCCGAAAAUUUUUACGUCCGGGGGGAUAAAACCUUUGUGUAUUUCUUCAAAACGGAGGAACUGCGGAGCCUUUUUUGCGAAAAUGGUUUUUUCGAGGAAGUGCAAAAUGGAUACAUCACUAGGAUUGUUAAGAACAGGAAACGGAAUUUGGAGAUGAAGAGAAUUUGGGUGCAGUCCAUUUUUAGGAAGCGCUAG